AUGCACCCCAUCUUCGUCAACACCACCGGCCCCCGCGCCGCUCUUCUCGGCGCCAAACCUGUGGCUGCGGUAGCUGCUUUAGCUGCCCGUAAGACGUCCGUCACGGGGCCUCAAUAUUAUAAACGGCAAACACCUUUAUCGUCAAGCCGAGCCUUCCAAUCCACAACCCCUGCUCGUCAGCCCAAGAACCAAGUCUUCAGCCCUAUUCGCAACCCAGACUCCUUCAACACCUACCUCUCCCUAUCCUCCUCAUCCCGCACUCCACUCCUAACCCUCUGGACAGCAUCAUGGUGUCCAACAUGCCGCACCGUUCUGCCCCUGAUCCAAUCCCUCGUUGAAUCCGGCACAGGCGAGUCAGACGGCGGCGUGGCAUUCGCACCCGUCGAGUUCGACUCCCCAGACAUCAUGUCCUCCUCAUCCUAUUCUGAAAACCUCGCCAUGACUUACAUGAUCACUUCUAUCCCCACGCUGCUCAGCUUUGAUGCCGGCGAGGCCCAGACAGCCACAAAGGUCACUGAUGGGCGGAAGCUUGCUGAUCGGCAGUUCUUGAUUGAAUGGAUCCAGAACGAGGCUCGUCGACAUGGAGGCCGUGGGGGCGGAGGCGACGGUGGACCAGGAUCAUCUGUAUUUGGCGGUUUAUUCGGCAACAAGAAAUGA